AUGAUUUGGGGCAACUCUGUUAAUGUUGAGGUUGUUGUUGCUGUGAAUGGUGCUGUUGAGGGAGGGAGAGGGGAGUGUGCGUUGGGGAAGGGGGAGUGUGGUGGGGUUGAGGGAGGGAGGAGUAGUGUACGUUGGAGAGGGAGAGUGGUGGAGAUUGUUGUUGCUGUUGAUGCUAAAGUUGUUAUUGCUGUGAAUAGUGGUAUUGAGGGAGGAAGGGGAAGUGUACGUUGGGGAGGGGGUUGUAAUGCGGCGGGAACUGCGAUGGGGGAGAAGUGUGCGUUGGGGAUGGGGUUGCGACAGGGAGGAAGAGGGAAGGGGAGGGAGUGUGCGUUGGGGAGGAAACUUUGGGGGUGGUUUGCCAAGUCACCAAAACACGGUGGCCACAUCAACAUUAUUUUGUGCAACCUCCUAUCCACUUCUUCUGUCUCCAGAGCUUACUCUUCCGCUGGAAAAUCGAUAAAUCAGUUUCGUUUUCUGCAAUGUGCUGCAUUCUUGGAAGUUAUACAUGGAGCCAUUGGGCUUGUGCCAAGUGGAGCAUUGCUUCCUCUUAUGCAAUGGGGAGGGAGGACACAUUUUCUGCUUGCUAUUGUUACCAAACUUGAUGAGGUCCAGCAGUUACCUUCAGUUUUUAUCACCUUUUUCGCAUGGAGCAUAAGCGAGGUCAUUAGAUACUCACAUUAUGCUUUUAGCUGCAUUGGAAAUUGCCCUUAUUGGAUAACUUAUCUCAGGCUUUGUUGUUGUUGUGGGUACACUGCGUUUAUUGUGCUGUAUCCUUUGGGAGUAGGUCCUGGUGAAAUUUGGAUCAUGUACCGGGCACUUUCAAUUGUAAAGAAGAAGAACCUCUAUUCAAAAACCUUUUCAGGCCUUCGAUUUAGCUACUAUAAUUUCCUUAAGGUAUGUUUAACAUUUUGUUUAGAUAUUUCAACAAUUAUCUACUCUUGUAACUAGUUUAGUUAUGGCUAUUAUCCCUUCAAAAGAAAGAAGAAAAAAAG